UUUGCGCCAACUCCAUGGUGAGGCUGAAGGAAGCAGUAUCAGGGAUGAUGCUUAGCAAGCUAGCGUUUCUUCACAACAACAAUAACCAUUUAGCUUUCUACAGUUUCGGCACUGUUUUUACCCGUAUACAAGGACAGUACUUCAUCUAUUUGCAAGUAUAUGUCAGGUAUGUGAGAUACUGUGUUAUUUUAUAGCCGUAUUUAAUAUGGAAGGGAACAGAUAUGCCUCUGCCUCUAUAAACAGCAUCAUAGCUAACGUUAGCUUCAACCACCGGCGUAGGGACAAGCACCAUCAUGUACAAAGCUAGGCCUCAGUAGUAAGUCCAAAAGCCAAAUAUCUGUGGUAUUGUACCUUAUCUUUUCUCCAAUUUGGCAACAAGAGAAGUACUGUUUUAUAUUUUUGCAUUACACAGUUGGGACAACGAAGCAGAAGGGAAACUAUUAAGGACAACCAUGCUAACGUUAGCUAGCUAAGCCAAGGAUUUCAUGAAGAAAGGACUUCGUAUUUGAUCUUAACUGAAGGGAGGCGUUGGAUCUUCAUGGGAACAACCGUGUGUUCUCCAUUUAACUAACAAUUAGCAAACUAACCAGUAGGAACUUGUUUAUUUUUUUCACGACAGCGUUGUUUGGGAAUAAUCUGCUGACAGUGAGGAUAUCGCCUCUUGUCAAACAUUGUUUGAAGUAUUCGUUAAACAGAGCUGCUUGUUUGCUCACUUCGGCUGUGUUUGAAUGUGGGAUAAAAUGGAGACCCCAACGAUUGUCUACGAUCUUGACACUUCUGGUGGUCUUAUGCAGCAAAUACAAGCAUUGCUCGCGCCUCCCAAGUCUGAAGAUGGAGAAAAAAGAGGUCGGAAACCAGAUAAAAACGCACGGAGAGCGGGGAGAGCGACGAAUCACGACACCUGUGACAGUUGCAGAGAGGGAGGCGACCUCCUCUGUUGUGAUCAUUGUCCCGCAGCCUUUCAUCUACAGUGCUGCAACCCACCCCUGAGUAAGGAGAUGCUGCCCCCUGGAGACUGGAUGUGUCAUCGUUGCAUGGUGCGUAGGAAGAAGCGGGAGCUAAAGAAGGAGCAGAUAAAUGGUCUGCUGGACCGCCAGCUGUCUAAGCAGUCUCCCUCUCCUGCAGCAGAGUUAGAGCUGACCCCAGGCACCCUGAGGCUGGACCCCACGGCUGCAGUAGGAGGCACCACAGGCCUGAGAGCUGCAGCUGUGGCCCAGGUCCGUCUCCUGGAGAGGAGGCCCAGCAGUAGACCCAACACCCCAACCUCCACCGCCUCCACAGACACCGCCACGCCCUCGGAGCAGAACGACAUGGAUGAUGACAUGCUAGACGUAGAGGACGACUCGCAGGGCUCAGAGCCCGAGAGCUCCACCCCACACCUCAAGAGGCCCUUUGAUCUUCUGAUAGCAGCAGCCAUGGAGAGGAACCCCACGCAGUUCCAGCUUCCCAAUGAGCUCACCUGCACAACUGCACUUCCAGGAACCAGUAAAAAAAGGAGGAGAGAUGAGAUGACUGGGAAGAAUGUGAAGCGACUGCAGCAUGAGCUGGACCACAAUGGGCUGGUCCCACUACCGGUGAAGGUCUGCUAUCCCUGUGGCAGGAGCUGCAGGUUGGCACCAUUAAUCCAGUGUGACUAUUGCCCCCUCCUGUUCCACAUGGACUGUCUGGACCCCCCUCUUACUGCCAUGCCUGUGGGCAAGUGGAUGUGUCCCAAUCACAUAGAACACAUGGUGCUGAAGCAGAGGAGCCUGCCGUUGAGCGGUCGCUGCCAACUGUUUGACCAGUUUCAGGACAGGAUGUCCCAGCAUGCCGUCAAGGUGGACUUCCUGCAGCGGGUGCAUCGUCUCAACACCCCCGUCCGCCGAGGAACCCACACACAGCUGAAGAAAACCCUCAAGGUCCCUGAUUCUAUAAAGUCCCAGUACAAGUGUCCCCCGGCCAUGAUUGCCCCGGCAGGGAUCCGCAACGGGGAGCUGAUCUGUAACAGCAGUUCAGAACCCCCUCAGCAGCACUUUACACCCUCUCAGCACUUAACCAGUGAAGAUGAGCAACAGGAGUGGCUCAGAGAUGUCAUCACACUCCAGUGCAGCAUAGUGAGACAUCUGUCAGCCAAGCAGAAGCUGUCGUCCGAAUGGGACUCUGGGAAAAUGGACAAGGCUGACAUCAAACCCUGUGUCACAGCAGAGGAGGGAAGUGCUGUAUGCACUUCUAACCGGACAGAGUCGCCAGCCUCCAAGCCUAAAGCUGACAGUGCAGCAGUUUGCCCCCAGGGGGUGCCUGCACUCAAGGAAGGGAAGUGUAGCAUGUGUACAGAGAAGCCUUGUCACAACUGUGGGCCCAGUAAUGUUAACGGUCCCCUGGAGGAGCAGCUGUCUUGGACCAAUGGGAGUCCAGAGGCCUGCAGACAGGACAACCUCCACAAGCUGAGAGACCCCUCAGGUCCUGAUAGGCCUGUUCCUCAGACACCAGCAACUUCCAGCCCGGAGUUAACCAACCACACUGGUAAAGCUGUGGUCAAGACCGAGAACACCCUCUUAAGACCCUGUGAAGGGACGGCCUCCUCAUCCACCUGCCCCUUCAAACCAGACCUCAGAGGCCCCUCUCCACCUCACAGACCCUCCCCAGGCACACAGGGCCCUGCUCUAACCAGUAGCAGCAGCACCGUGGGGUCCUGUGCCCUCACUCCACCCAGAGCACCAUACCAGAUCAAGGGGGUGACCAAGCUGGGCUCCACCCCACCAGCAGAUGGGAAAGUCAGUCGUGAUGCUGUGACCACCAGGAUUGGUUCUCUGCUCCCCUGCUCUUUCUCUAUGGGAGACCUGUCCAGCCGUCUGAAGGCUGUGGCAGACUGCCAUGGUGAGAUUCAGAUGAGUAGUCUGGAUGAGAAGUUCAUUGAACUCCUGGCCUGGCAGAGGAUCCAGCAGCUGUUUGGGCCUAAAGCCCCUUCCCCUCCACAGAGCAGCUGUAUCAGCCUACCUCCUGUUCCACAACCCCAGCCUACAGAAGCACAAAACAAGGAUAUCCAGGCAAGGGCUGUGUUUUAUCCUUUGACUGGGAAAGGAGGAGCUGUCCGUAUGUGCUACAGAAGCCUGUACAUAGGAACUGGUGCUGACAUGGACGUGUGCCUUACAAACUAUGGUCAUUGUAAUUACGUUUCAGGAAAACAUGCCUGCAUCUUCUAUGAUGAGAACACCAAGCAGUAUGAGCUCCUCAACUACAGUGAACAUGGGACAACGGUGGACAAUGUGCUGUACUCCUGUGACUUCUCUGAGAAGACUGGGCCCAGCCCCUCCAGCAGCCUGGUCUCCAAAGUGCAGAACAUUAUCAAGCGCUGCAAGAGGAGGAAGCAGGAAGAGGAAGGGGCAGGGGAGCCCAUGGUGCUAGAGGAGGGGGUGAUGAGUCAGUGUCAGGUGACUCCUUCUAGCCCCUGCUGCGACUGCAAGGCCAGCAGCUCCAGUCUGAUCGGGGGCAGUGGGGCAGGCUGGGAGGGCACUGCCCUGCUCCACCACGGCAGCUUCGUCAAGCUGGGCUGCAUGCAGUUUGUCUUCAGUAUUACAGAGUUUGCCUGCAAGCAGCCCAAAAAGGAAACCCUUAACAACCCAACUACCACCACUGCCACCCCCCAGUGCCAGGAGGGAACAGAACCCUCUGACAAGCACACGUCCACCUCCCAGCUCCACCAAGUGCCAGUGCUGCACCCUAACCCUGUCCCCUAGCCCAAUCAUGUCCCCUCAGCAAGAAGAACCAGCCUCAGCAGCUAUACUUGUAUACUGCAUCAAAAAGAGAGCUUUUUUGAUGUUCAUACAUUUGCAUGAAAUGAAGUAUUUUUCAGUCUCAGAUUUUGUGGGCAAGUUGCACAUACAAUUUGUAUUGUUAUUUUUUGUAACUGGACAAUUUUCUGAAAGAUUUUGAAUUGGCUUUGAAAAAGGGGCUGGUUUAUUGUUGACAUUAUGUGAAGAAAUGAAAACAUCACCAGGUUUCCAGCAUACUUGUAAAGAACUCCAAUCAUUCUAUUUUUGCCAGUAAUGAUGGCAUAAACUUUUUUUUUUCUUUUUUCUGAAAAUGCAACUUUAUUUACUUUUUAUAAGUUUAGUCUGUGUACUGUAUCUGAAAAAGUAGUUGUGUUCAGAUGUUUUUUUUGCUACUAUUGCACUACAGUAGCACUAUAUUCAAACAUGUGUACACAUCCAUGCUUAUACAUACAUGUUGUAUACAUUGUUGUGUGUGUUGAAAUACACACAAAAUAUACAUGAUUAAGAAUAAUUUUAACAUAGAACAAGGGAAGCAUAGGAUUCUGUAUGCAAUCUUCAAUUAUGGCCAUUUUGGCUUUAUAAUCUUUCCAGUGCUUCAUGUGAAUUUUGUGCCGUACUUUUCAAAAGUUUUAGUCCAGUUUCUUUUCAAUAGUGUCUGUUUUUAGAAAUAAUUCAUCUGAACUUUGUCAUGUACUCUGUAAAUACAAAGCAACUUUGACUUGGUUUCUUGUCUGUCAUAGUCACUGUAAAUACCUAAAGAUUUUUAAGUGUCAGUUAACA